CCUCAUAUACGGAGUUGAUAUAUAGUUGAUCUCUACUCCCGCUUGCAAUAUAAUGGAAAACAAUAUCGUACGCCCUCUCGUCAACUUCUCUCCCAGUUUAUGGGGUGAUCGAUUCCAUUCUUUCUCAAUCGACAAUCAGGUUGCUGAAGCAUAUGCAAAAGAGAUUGAAAUUUUGAAGGAACAAAUAAGGGCUACACUGCAGAUUGCUUCAGGAAGCAGUAAUGUGGCGGAGAAAUUAAAAUUCAUCAACCUGCUGGAACGCCUUGGAAUAGCAUAUCACUUUGAGAAAGAGAUUGAUGAUCAACUCCAACAUAUUUAUACCCACCACCCGCACUCGCAUGAUGAUUUGGAAACUGUUGCUCUUCAAUUUCGAUUGCUAAGGCAACAUGGUUACAACAUUUCUACUGAUAUUUUCAGCGACUUUGUUGACAGUAAUGGCAAGUUCAGAGACACCAGUGAUAUGAAGGGUCUGCUGAGCUUGUACGAAGCUUCGUACGUGAGAACACACGGUGAUGAGAUUUUAGAAGGCGUGGUUGCUUUUGCGGCGACUCGUCUCCGAUCUGCAGCACCACUUCUGGAACCCAACAGCACUUUAAAAAAGCUGGUGACGCAUGCCCUAGAUCAGCCAUUGCACACCGGCAUGCCCAGAAUCGAAACGCGCUUUUUCAUUUCGGUGUACCAAGAAGAAGAGGACUCGUCCAGGAACGAUGUGCUGCUGCGCUUUGCCAAAUUGGAUUUCAAUUUGCUGCAGAUGUUGCACAAGCAAGAGCUCAGUGAAAUAUCAAGGUGGUGGAAAGAGUUGGACUUUGCCACAACACUUCCUUAUGCAAGGGAUAGAGCAGUUGAAUGCUAUUUUUGGGCACUGGGAGUAUAUUUUGAGCCUCAGUAUUCUAAGGCUCGUGUCAUGCCUGCCAAAAAUAUUUCGAUUGUUUCGAUUUUAGAUGACACGUACGAUGCUUAUGGUACCUUAGAAGAAUUAGAUGUAUACACAGAUGUCAUACAAAGGUGGGACAUUAGUGAAAUUGAUCGGCUGCCAAACUAUAUGAAAAUUAGCUAUAAAGCUCUGUUAGAACUUUUUGAUGAAGAUGACAAGAAUCUCUCUAAAGAAGGAAGAUCAUAUGCCGUCCAACAUGCAAUGGAAAGAAUGAAGGAACUUGUGAGAUGCUACUUUAUUGAAGCGAAGUGGUUCAUUGGAGGACACCAGCCUUUGUUUGCUGAAUACCUUAGAAAUGCAUUCGUUAGCUGCACUUACUAUUUGCUGGCCACAAUAUCUUGCUAUGGCUUGAAGUCUGCUGAUGACAAAGUAUUUGAUUGGUUAAUGCAAAACCCUAAAAUUCUUGAAGCAAGUGUUACAUUAUGCAGAGUCAUUGACGACAUAGCCACCUUUGAUGUUGAGAAAGAUAGAGGGCAAGUUACAACAGGCAUUGAGUGCUAUAUGAAGGAGUAUGGCGUAUCACAAGAAAAGGCAAUGGAAAAGUUUCAAGAAUUGGCUGAACUUGGCUUGAAGGAUUUGAAUGAAGGACUCAUUAAACCCACACCUGUUUCUGCAGAGAUUUUCUUACGCAUCGUGAAUCUUGCUCGCAUUGUUUUUGUCACAUACCAGCACAACCAAGACGGAUAUACUCAUCCUGAAAAUGUUUUGAAACCUCACAUUAUUGCAUUAGUCGUGGACCCUAUACCACUAUAACUAGUUAAAUCUUAAUCAAACAUGUUGUGUAUUUAAUUUAAUAAAAUGUCCUAUGAGCAAGUCUGGUUGAGUUGUGGUAGGGCAAUU